GUUGUUUGUACACUCAAAGACGGUUUUCGACUAUUGUUUUGUUUCGGCUGAUUUCUACCAAAAACUCUUAGAUAAUGUCAACUGUUAGAAGAGAUUUUGGUUCAUUUCAUUCCUCCAAUGUACAAGAACUUUUGGAACUAAAAGAUGAUGAUUAUCAACUGCCACCAUUACCUGUACAAGGACCAAAUUUCUUGGACAUCAAACCUGACUUGCAUUUUGGCAAGUCAAUAAAAAAUAAAUAUUUCAUUUUGGAAGAGGAAUGCACUUUCCUGAAUCAUGGAGCCUUUGGUGCCACACUGAAAGAUGCACUGUUAGUAGCACAGAAAUGGCAAAUGUACACAGAAAAGCAACCUCUGAGAUUUUUUGAUCGAGAGCUCUUGCCUUUGCUGGUAUAUGUAACAAGAAGAUUGGCUAAAUUUGUAGGUUGUGACCCUAGGGACCUCCUACUGGUGCAGAAUGCCACUACAGGCAUUAACUGUGUUAUAAAAAAUUUGGGCCUUGGUCCUGGGGAUGUGAUAUUCUCACUGAGUGUAACUUAUGGUGCAGUUAAGAAACUGUUGAAACAUAUUUGUGCAGAAACUGGAAGUAUUUUACAAGAGGAAACAGUGCAAUUUCCCAUUACAAGCAGGGACCAGCUUAUUUCGCUUGUUGAAAGCACACUCAGGCCAGAAGUGACUAAACUGGCAGUAUUUGAUCACAUUCCAAGUAACAUUCCAUUCAUAAUGCCUAUUCAAGAAAUUAUUGCUAUCUGUCAUAAGAGAGGGGUUCCAGUACUGGUUGAUGGAGCACAUGCUUUGGGUAGUCUGCCAUUGGACAUAGCAUCUCUUAAACCCGACUACUACAUCUCUAAUGCACACAAAUGGUUCUGCUGUCCUAAGGGAUGUGCAUUUUUGUAUGUAAAAAGGGAGCUUCAGUCUGUGAUAAGGCCUUUAGUUAUUUCCCAUGGAUUUGGCUCAGGAUUCAAUUCAGAAUUCAUAUGGUCAGGUCUUAAAGACUACAGUCCAUUCUUAUCAAUGCCCACAGUUAUCGAUUUCUGGGAGACUGUUGGUCCAGACACUAUGAGGAAAUAUAUGUAUCAGCUGUGUCAUCAAGCAGCUGAACAUUUGGUACAUGUUUGGAACACAGACUUGAUAGCACCAGCUGAUAUGUUUGGUUCAAUGUCGUUGGUAAGGCUUCCGGACACGCUGUACAACUCUAGCAGCCCUGCCACCUAUCAGCAAGCAGAGGUUAUUCAAAAUAAAUUAUAUUACAAAUUUAAUAUUGAGGUGCCUAUUAAGGCAGUAGAAGGCAUUCUGUAUGUCAGGAUCUCAUCCCAUAUAUACAAUACAAUUGACGAGUACAAGUACUUGGGAGAUGCUGUACUGAAAUUGUCAGAAGACUGAAACUACCAGUGCCAGAGUUGAUAAAAAGAUAUUUGUGCAACAGUUAUCACAUUUCAUUUCUGGUAAAUUUAAACAUGGGCACAUAACACUUUAAAAAGAAACUAUGACAACAUUUCUGUGGAGGUGUGCACCAUCAAGUUUUUAAUGGUGUACCAGAUUGUUGGACAAACCGGUCACCACAGAACAAAUACACCAUGGACAUAAUGUCAGGUGCUGCCCCAAUGAACAAUUAAGUGAACUACCAGUCUGCUGUACCCUAGGUUCUAGAUUCCGGUAUUGUCAGCUCGAUCUUGAUUUCAUAUAUAACCCAUAUCAACAAUACUAAAAG